CUAUGUAUUAUAACAAAUGAAAAUUAUAACCAAUGAAAACUGCGGAGAUUAAAUUUCUAGUCGCUCCUGUCAAUUUUGCAGCAGAACAAGUUAAUAAAAUUCAUCGUAAUCUAAACGCGUGUACAAAAUGAGUUUCCUGCGUAAAAUUGGCUCGCGAUCCCUCGUUUCAGCUGCACGUGUCCAAGUGCGCAAUCUGAGUGCGGCCAAAGUCACGCACGCAUCUUUCAAAGUCCAAGAUGACAAAGAUUUUUUGGAAAAGGUCGAGAACAGCAAGGAUCCAGUGAUCGUUGAUUUUUUCGCUACUUGGUGCGGGCCUUGCAAAGCUUUGGAACCAAGAUUGGAGAACGUAUUGGCGCAGAAAAAGGGUGAUAUUACCUUAGCCAAAGUUGAUAUUGAUAAUUUAGGAGAAUUGGCUGCUAAAUAUGAUGUGAGCACCAUUCCAGCUUUGGUUGUGUUCCGCAAUGGCAAAGUGGAAGAAAGAUUAGUUGGAUUGCAAGAUGAAGACAAAUUGAACAAUUGGAUUGACGGCAUUCUAAAGAAAUAGAAUGUUCAAAAAGUUAAAUUUGAACUAUAUUUAACAAAUUAAUUAAUAUAGGACAAAUUAAAAAAAUUUGGAUAAUUUAUUGAAAUCUGAAGCUGUGCUAUAUAGAAUUUACGAAACGUACGAACUAUUAUGUCCUCAAUGUAUUAUAAUUGUUAAUAAAUGUGAUUAUAGUUA